CGCCGCCAUUUUGAAUGUCAAGUUUGUUCCUCCCUCCGUCGCCAAGAGCGAAGAUUCCAGUUUCUUUCUGGUGUCAGCACGACUGAGGAUGCCGGCUCCAAUCAGACUCCGGGAGCUCAUCCGGACAAUCCGGACGGCUCGGACCCAGGCAGAAGAACGGGAGAUGAUCCAGAAAGAAUGUGCUGCUAUUAGGUCAUCUUUCAGAGAAGAGGACAACACAUACCGCUGUCGAAAUGUUGCUAAGCUACUCUAUAUGCACAUGCUGGGCUACCCAGCACACUUUGGUCAGUUGGAGUGCCUGAAGUUGAUUGCAUCUCAGAAGUUUACAGACAAGCGAAUAGGUUACCUAGGUGCCAUGCUAUUGCUUGAUGAAAGGCAAGAUGUACAUCUUCUAAUGACAAACUGCAUCAAAAAUGAUCUGAAUCACAGCACACAGUAUGUCCAGGGCCUGGCCUUGUGCACUCUUGGCUGCAUGGGUUCUGCAGAGAUGUGUCGAGACCUGGCUGGGGAAGUGGAGAAGCUUCUGAAAACAUCAAAUUCCUACCUGAGAAAAAAGGCAGCUUUGUGUGCGGUCCAUGUCAUCAGGAAGGUGCCUGAGCUGAUGGAGAUGUUCCUCCCAGCAACAAAAAACUUGCUGAGUGAGAAAAAUCACGGUGUUCUCCACACAUCUGUCGUUUUGAUCACAGAGAUGUGCGAACGAAGUCCUGACAUGCUUACACACUUUCGAAAGAAUGAAAAGCUUGUACCACAGCUGGUGAGAAUUCUUAAGAACCUCAUCAUGUCAGGCUACUCGCCAGAACACGAUGUUUCUGGUAUCAGUGACCCAUUUCUGCAGGUGAGAAUAUUGAGGUUACUCAGAAUUCUGGGUAAGGGUGACGAUGACUCCAGUGAAGCAAUGAACGACAUUCUUGCACAGGUUGCAACCAACACAGAGACAAGUAAGAAUGUGGGGAACGCCAUCCUCUAUGAAACAGUACUGACCAUAAUGGAUAUCAAAUCAGAAAGUGGAUUGAGGGUCUUAGCAAUUAAUAUCUUGGGACGCUUUCUACUGAACAAUGACAAAAAUAUCAGAUAUGUCGCACUGACCUCCCUGCUUAAAACGGUACAAACGGACCACAAUGCAGUACAGAGGCAUAGGAGUACCAUUGUGGACUGCUUGAAGGACCUGGAUGUGUCAAUCAAGAGACGGGCGAUGGAACUCAGCUUUGCCCUCGUGAAUGGGAACAACAUCCGGGGAAUGAUGAAGGAGCUGCUCUACUUCUUGGACUCCUGUGACCCAGAGUUCAAGGCUGACUGUGCAUCAGGGGUUUUCCUCGCAGCAGAGAAAUUUGCACCGUCCAAAAGAUGGCACAUAGACACAAUUAUGAGGGUCCUCACAACGGCGGGGAGCUAUGUGAGGGACGAUUGUGUUCCCAAUCUCAUCCAGCUCAUUACCAAUAGCUCAGAGAUGCAUGCCUACACAGUACAGAGACUAUACAAAGCACUUUUGGAUGAUAUUUCACAGCAACCCUUGGUGCAGGUGUCAUCCUGGUGUAUGGGGGAGUACGGCGACUUACUGUUAUCGGGCCAAUGUGAGGAAGAGGAGCCCAUCCAGGUUUCAGAAGAUGAAGUCCUUGAUGUUUUGGAAGGCGUCCUCAUUUCCAAUUUGUCUUCUCCUGUGACUAGAGGUUAUGCUCUCACAGCAAUCAUGAAGCUCUCUACACGUUUUAGCAGUGUGAACCGAAUAAAAAGAGUUGUUUCGAUAUAUGGUAGCAGCAUUGAUGUGGAGCUACAGCAGCGGGCUGUAGAGUACAAUGCGCUUUUCAAGAAAUAUGAUCACAUGAGAGCUGCCUUACUUGAGAGAAUGCCUGUCAUGGAGAAAACAGCAGCCAAUGGCCCCACAGAAAUCGUUCAAACCAAUGGCGAGGCAGAACCCUCUGUUUUGGACGUCAAACAUGUGCCCAGUGCUCCACAGCCCUCUGUCCAGGCCAAUGAUUUGUUGGACCUUCUGAGUGGAAACGACAUGGUGCCUGUGAUUCCAACUACUGUUCCCACAAAGCCUGCUUCUGCAGGUGGAGAAUUGCUGGACCUGCUGGGGGAUCUCUCUCUGACAGGUGUUCCAGCCUCUGCUCCUGUUCCAGUGUCCAUCUCCCAGCCUCCAUUCCUGCUGGAUGGCAUUUCGUCGCAGCCUCUUUUUAAUGAUGCUGCUGCAGGCAUUCCACCAAUGACAGCCUACAAUAAAAAUGGACUGAAAAUAGAUUUUACAUUUGAAAGAUCCAACUCAAAUCCCAAUGUAGCGGUUAUUACCAUUCAUGCGUCUAACUCCACCGAGGCUGACAUGACGGACUUUGUAUUCCAGGCUGCAGUUCCAAAGACAUUCCAGCUGCAGCUCCUUUCCCCCAGCAGUAACGUCGUCCCAGCACUCAACAAGGGAACUAUCACACAAGUUGUCAAGGUGCUCAAUCCACAGAAGCAACAACUGCGCAUGAGGAUCAAACUGACAUAUAACCACAGAGGGUCUUCUGUUCAAGAUCUGGCUGAGGUCAACAAUUUCCCCACCCAGUCCUGGCAGUGACACAUUGUUUGCUCUUAAAGACCCCACCAAACGAACUAUGGGAGAGACUGCUUCCCCCCCCCCCACCAAACUGGUCUCCUUUGACAUCACCACAGACUGCUGCUCUGGGGUGGCAUGGGGGAAACGGGAUUCUUUCUGAUACACGAUGUUGACGACGACGAUGAUAUCGACAACAUAUCUGACAGCAUAUCCAUUUACUAAAGUCCAGUUGGUGUCACCGCCAUCUCUGAUGUCUGCACUCUGUAGGCACUGCUUUCAUGCCACUGCUCUCAUGCACGCACACACAAAGCACGUGGUCUGGGAGUCCCCUGUACAUCUCUGCUUGGCCUGGGCCAACAGAAGGAUGUGCUGCUUGAAAUAAACUGUUGUCCUGGUAACAGGACUCUUGUCCCAUGUUUUUGCAAACUGUAACAAAACUGAGCUGCUUUUUUUUCUUUUUUUUUAAAAAUGUGUUCCCAUCAGAAAUUAAAUGCAGCUGAAGGUUAGAAUGUUUGCACUUUAAUCAUUUUUCUUCUGUGCAGCAUACAGGAUUAAGAAAUUAUUUCCGGCUUGGGUUCAGAUAUUCUUUUUGGGUGUUGUGGCAUUUUUCAGUUUGGUGUCUCACUCUAUUUAUUUUCUGUAAUAAAAAUGUCCAUCUUUUCUCUAACGUACAAGGUUUUUGAUCCCGGUACAUUGUUUCCUGUCAAAUAUUGUAAGCUUUCUAAAGUAUGGUGAUAAAGGUCUAAGAUAUACUUGUAAUGAAUUUGCCCAACUGCAGAUUCUCCCAGCAUUGUUUGAGUUGUCAUUGUGUUGUGAGUUUAAAUUGUCCUCAUAUUCUUGCAGCAAUAUUAUCGUUAAAUUUUGACAUUCGAAAUCAUUUAAAGUUGUUCAGAUGGGACCGGAAGCAUGAGGCAGAAUGGUGGAUGUGACUUACUGGUGGGUUCAUUUGUUCAACUUUUUUCAGUGCAAUUUCAGUAUUGGUGCACUGAAAAACUUUGAACUACCAAACCAAUGCAAAAUAACCAGUGUUCUGCCACGGUAAAGGCCUGAUUAGUUCACUUGUUUAAAUAAUAAUAUUGAGUUUUAUUGUGAUUCUCCCCCCCACACACACCGGUUUUUAAUUUCACUUGAGCAUGUUAGUUUGGGUUGUUAAGACAAUUAAUUGUAUAAGUACAGCAUUUCAGAAAAAAAUUCUCCUUGCCUUUAAAGACCAUUGACUAUGACAAGACUUGAAUUGUCAUAAAGAUGCAGUAUUUAACUACUGAAAAUGUCCCUUCUACUUACUGAAGUGUUACUGCGUGUCAUAUGUAGCGUAGCCAUAGAAAAGUUUUUGUGUGUAUGAAACCUAUUUUGAAUGUAGUUUUAUGCCUCGACUGCAGUUUCCAAAGGUCUUUUGAGGUCCAUCUCUUUGGCAUGUUUGUCUUUUUUUCCACUUGAUCAUGUUACUUUUUGGAUUAAGCACCUGUGAUCAUGAAUUUUUUUUUUUAAAAUUUUUUUUUUAUUUUUUAAAACUCCAUUUGAAUGCUGGCAAUGAAAGCUCUCAUGCAUGUGUGCAGUGGUUGAUAUUUUCCUACAAAAUGCCUGAUCAAAGUAAUGUGCCUUGUGUCAUGUGAUGAAAUCCAAAUUUCAUUCCCCUUUGUUUAAUCAUCAGGAUGUUUUUGACAUGAUCCCACUGUGUUCUGUGGUUGCAUGUCCUCCCUCCCAUAAGGAGGGUGGGAUAAUUUUGGAUCAAGUGAAUCUUCCAUGUUACUAUACAAGCAGAACUGAUGGAAACAAGGCGACUGAAUACCUCAAGCUAUGUUGUCUUAUUUGGAUUGCUCACCUGUGAGCAGUUUUUCGCAGGACUCUGUCAUUCAUUUCAACAAUAUUAACGUGAUAAAGCUUUGUGAUGCUACAAAGGCCCCCCUUUUUACUUUUUUUUUUUUUUUCCUCCUCUCCCCCCUCCUUUAAAUUCUAGCUAUCUUGAAUCACUCAGACGUAUUAUUUAUUUAGGAGAUCAAAUCAUACAUCUUGCAAUAAUGUUCUUGGGGGAAAAAUAGAAGUUUCACUUUUUGUUUUGACUGAAAAAUGCAAUAUUGAGUUCUGUAUAUUAUGAAAGGUGCAUUGAUUUCACCCCUUACAGAUUUUACAUAUAUCAGCAAUUUUUUGUUAAUCUAGAAGACGGUCUGUGGCCUGCAGGCCUCAUGUUAUCAUGUACAUUAAACAAGUUGUCUGCUGCCUGUGCAUUGUAUAUACUUGUAAAAUGAAAUCAGCCACUAAAAAUAGAAAUAUCCUAUUUAAACAGUUUGGUUAAUUAAAGACAGUUUAGAAUACAAAUUAAGUUUUCCCCUGUAGAUGAUUUCAUUUUCAGCUUUUUUCAUACUGAAUUAGUCUUAAUGUUGUUUGAAUUUAAUGUUGUCUUUGAUUUUAGGGGGACAAAAAUUGUAGUUAGGAUUAUGUUGGCACCUACUGUAACAGGUGAGGGCACAUUUUGAAAUUGCAAGUACUAUUAGUAUCUGUAAAAGCAUAAUUAAUUUUAGAACUAUUUUGACAUGUCACGUGUCUGCUGGCCCAGAUAAUCUCAUGUGACUCAUUGACAUGGCAUCACUUUUGUCUUUUUUUGACAUGGUUAUAAGGCUCCACCAGCCCUACAGAGCAUUUCUGUGGUAUUCAUCACCUCUGUUCUUUGCAUUUUUAUAGUCAUAUCUUUUACCACACUGUCCUCUUCUUAAAAACUGCCUAAGAGGACAGUGGAGUUGUAUGAAAAUUAUUGCUCCCCAUCCAUGU